UUCUAAGCAAUUUUUUGUUAUAAGAAUACAUAUUUCGAUGAGUGUUGAUGAGUCACUAGUAGUUUCUCGCAUCGUCUAUUCCCCAACAUUAUGACGCGAGAAGGAUUACCGUUGGAGUAUUCAAAAUUUUCCUAGCUUCAUUCGGUUAUUCUUGCUAAAUUGGGCCCUACUUCUUGUGAAUUUUUGAUUCGUAAGGACUUGUGAAAGUUGUGAAAGUUUAAUAAUGUCUGCUACCACUGAAUCGGCAUCAGCGUGGCAAAAACUGCAUAGCGAAGAAAUGUUGGACGAAUGCUUCGAGUCUAGCGAUGAAGAUGACGAUGAACUUACGUUGCUUAGGUUGAUGCUGAUUGAUCCUAAAAUGAUCAAGCUACCCGAUAACUUGGUUGUGACGUGGAAUUCAAAGGCGGGUUCUUACCGCCCAGAUGAUGUUCCACCUCCAUUGCAUCAGGCCACCAUCAUUCAAGCUCCAAUAAAUCUGGAGAGCCUGAUUGUUCAUUGUUCAGGAGUAGGCGAGAUUAACAUUGAAGACGCUUCGGGAUUGCCCGCUGGAGAACCGAAGGGAAAUAUCACAUUGGAGGUUUCUGGUGAAUGGCGGGAUCAAGCGCGGUUCUGUGUCAAAGUUCGGAGGAAUGCUUCUUUUGAAUGUGUCAAGGAAUCAAGCGUAUUAGAUGAUGGCGAGGAUUCUGUGGAAGUUUAUACUCCUUGCUUCGUGAAGAAUAAAACUUAUUCUUCCGCGAGGAGUCGGAAGAAGCCCGAGCAGCGAUUGUGUGAAAUAUGGGAUACUGAGGAAGUUCCGACUUGGCAUGAUGAAAAAGCCCCGCGGGAAUUCCGGUGCAUGGAACCUGAUGAUGCACUUUGUGAAGCGAAUGAGCUUCUUGCUAAUGUUGGUUGCCAAUUGGUGCUCCCAAUGAUUCAGAGAUCCGCUCCCUUGGUACCGAUUCACCAAUUCUUAUCUGAACUGCAGUGUGUUAAACGGGAUCGAUAUGCAAAACAGCUUUCGUCGGAAGUGGACGCGAUUCUCUUCGAUUUACCGGAUAAUUUGCUGGAAAACGCGUUAUUUAUUCUGUGUAGGGGACAUGAGCGAAGUAUCAGAUGCGAUCCGGUGAUGAACAUGAACUUGAUAAGUUUGAUCCUCAAUCGGUUGAAGUUUCACAAGUCUGCUAAACAUCCAAGAAUUCAUCCGAUUUCAUCAUCGCGCAAGAAGGAUGUAUUUGCUUUGUUUGCCGUGAAGCAUUUUCAGCAAAUAAUUCGGUUGGUUUGUCUUGCGUUUUCUCUUCCGGACGAGAGGCUGUUGUCAUUUUACGAAUCGGAAGUCACAAGAAUGAUUCAAGAUGAAGAUUACUUAUCGAAAGGCAGCCUUACGAAAAGCAUCCGAAGGUGGUGUACCUUGUAUGGCCUUGAUGAAGAGCGAUAUGCGCCUCACAGCUAUGUCGACACUCGUCGUCAAGACCUGCGGUUUUUGGUCCAUGCCACUUACCGUUCAAAAGCUUUGUCAAUUGAUGCCUUCGUCGAGCGUGUGGAUAGAAUGCUUUGCAAUAACUACACACUUUCGUCUUGGUUUGUGCGUUUCCUGGAAGGAAGUGGCAAGAUUUCUGAAGCAUCUUUCUGGGCUGAUAGAGUGUCUUUAAGUCCCGAAUCGUAUUCGCCUCAAAUUCGGCAGAAGAUUAACAUGGGUGACUUGGGAGUUUCGGACAGGAAGCAGUUAGCCGUUGAUCCGUCCCUUUUCCACACUUUGAGGAUUGGAGAGGAAAACAUAUUUUUUGUGGGAGAUAUUUCUACGUAUCGAAACGUGAUGAAAAUUCUACUCGAGAAAAAGAUGGUUGGACUCGAUUGCGAAUGGCUGUCAACAUCAGUAAAUAACAAAAAGCUACUGUCAAUCAUUCAGAUUGCUACGGAAAAGGAAGUCUUUCUUUUCGAUAUGCUAAAGCUGAAACCAUUGAUAAGUGGUGAAGACGGAGUGCCCCUUGUGAAGUUUUUCAGUUCUUCAACAGUUAUGAAGAUUUGUUAUGACUUCAACUCGGAUACGGAAAUGUUGGAUCUGCUUUGUGCACCGCGCGCAUACAUCGCCAGCGAGUCGAAAAACAUUUUUGACUUGGAAACGUUCCACAGUCUCGCAAAACGUAAUCUGCUGAAUCAAGCGGGUGGAAAAAAUUCGUCGCCAGGAAACAAACAGGCCAAGAACAGCGGUACUGGUAAGCCCGUGACUGGGUUGGCGGCAGUUGUCAAGGCUGUGCUGGGAAAGCCUCUAGAUAAGCGAGAAUGCAUGUCAGACUGGGAGAGGAGACCGCUCCGCCGUGAGCAGAUGCGAUAUGCUGCGUUGGAUGCUUUUUGCCUGGUGGAAAUUUAUCUUGCUGUUGCAGCGAAAGCCGAAGACAUGGAGACUGAUUUCAAAAACAUUUUCGAAUCGUAUUUCUCGACCACCUGAAAUACCUGAAAUUCUCCGUCGUUGUCUGUGGUACUGACAGAUACCGACCAAUUACCUUAAACGACGCAAUUUUUUGUUGUUGAAUAUGUUCUUUCAUUUACAGUAGGUCAGAUGACCUUGUUCGUUUUUAUCGGCGUUGUUUUUUCCCCUUGAAGAUUCUAGAUUUACGGGUGCCUUUUGACUUUGAUCCCUCGAAAAAAUUUCUCAUGAGGAACCGCGAACGGUUAUAAAAAUUUACGUCAGUUUCUAACGGAAUUUGAACGUGGCCAAGAGCAUUUUUUAUUUUCUUAUUCAGAACUGACUGAUGUGAUCAGCACUUGAACAUUUAGUCCAAGUGAAUAAUAGCUAUUUAAGUACAACACGUUUAUUUUUUCACAACGACUUGAACGCACAAGAAGUGAAGAAAUGCACCAGAUUUAUUCUCGGGAGACUCAGGAAUAAGAUUGCAUGAUCUUGAUAGCAAAAAACAUUGCUCGAAAUUACAAGAGAUUGGUUGGUUUCAUUAGCAUAUUUAUAGAUCUCCAGUUUGACGCAUCAUUGGGAUUGGUGUAAACAUUUUUGAAACUUACCUCGACGGUGUCAUGGAUAUUUGUAUUUAAAAUACCUCAACUCUGCUUUCCCAUGGCAUCAAAUCCAUGACGCUGUUGAUUACCUACUCCAAGCGGACUCUGACAUGAGCUUUAUCUUGUAAAAAAUGUCCCGAUCCUGUACUAAAGAAGUUAUUGAGAAUACGUGCGGAUGAAGGCGUUCCGAAAAUUACUUCUGUUCGAUUUUUAAAUCGUUGUAGAAAAAGCGAAUGAACCGAAUAACUGCUCUGAAGGCAUUCAAUAAAAGGAAGCUCUGAAUCUGUUGAAUUUGUGCUGGUUAUUUGUGUUGAGUGAAUAUGGGCUAAACGCUGAAUAAUCAAGUCGUCCAAUUUGAGAAUGUAUCAGCGCUUUUUU